AUGGAGAGGCCAUUUGGCUGCUUCCUUCUUUUCUUCUUUAUCAUCUCUGUUCUCUUAUAUUCCGCAGCCGCUAUCACCGAUGAGGAAGCCUCGUUACUCACAAGACGCCAGCUCUUGGCGUUAUCAGAAAAUGGUGAUCUUCCUGACGACAUGGAGUACGAAGUCGAUUUAGACCUCAAAUUUGCUAAUAACAGGCUUAAACGGGCUUACAUUGCUCUUCAAGCUUGGAAAAAGGCAUUUUACUCCGAUCCGUUUAACACUGCGGGCAAUUGGGUUGGUUCAAACGUGUGUUCUUACAAAGGCGUGUUCUGCGCGCCUGCGCUUGAUGACCCGAGCAUAAUGGUUGUGGCGGGAAUCGAUCUGAACCAUGCGGAUAUAGCCGGGUAUUUGCCACCCGAGCUAGGUUUGUUGACUGAUGUCGCCUUGUUUCACAUUAAUUCCAACAGAUUUUGCGGAGUUAUCCCCAAAAGCUUUUCGAAGCUGACAUUAAUGUACGAAUUCGACGUGAGUAACAACCGUUUUGUCGGUCCGUUUCCCACGGUUUCCCUCUCUUGGCCAUCUUUGAAGUUCCUUGACAUAAGAUACAACGACUUUGAAGGAAAAUUGCCACCAGAGAUCUUCGAUAAGGAUCUUGACGCCAUUUUCUUGAACAACAACAGAUUCGAGUCAAUCAUCCCCGAGACAAUCGGUAAAUCAACUGCUUCUGUCGUGACCUUUGCGCACAACAAAUUCAGCGGUUGUAUUCCGAAAACCAUCGGUCAGAUGAAGAACCUCAACGAGAUUGUGUUUAUUGGUAACAAUCUAAGCGGUUGUUUCCCGAACGAGAUCGGCAAGUUGAACAAUGUGACUGUGUUUGAUGCAAGUAAAAAUGGGUUCGUUGGAAGUUUACCAUCGAGCUUGUCCGGCUUAGCCAACGUGGAACAAAUGGAUUUCUCAUACAAUAAGCUCACCGGAUUUGUCGCAGACAGUGUCUGCAAGUUACCCAAACUGUCGAACUUCACAUUUUCUUACAAUUUCUUCAAUGGAGAGGCUCAGAGUUGUGUUCCCGGGAAUAGCCAACAGACACAGUUUGACGACACUAACAAUUGCUUACAGAACAGACCAAACCAGAAGUCGGCUAAAGAAUGUCUGCCGGUGGUUAGUCGUCCUGUUGAUUGUAGUAAGGACAAGUGUGCCGGUGGUGGCUCAAACCCAUCACCAAAGCCAACACCUAACCCACCAAAGACACCAGAGCACAAACCGGAGAUUAACCCACCAAAAAUGGAAGAGCCAUCCAAGCCAAAACCAGAGGAAUCUCCCGAACCACAACAGCCUAGUCCAAAACCAGAGACACCAAAAUCACCAGAGCCUUCUAAACCAAAAGAACCUAAGCCAGAGACACCAAAACAGGAAUCUCAUAAACCGGAAUCACCAAAACAAGAACAGCCAAAACCCAAACUUGAGUCACCAAAACAAGAGUCGCCUAAGCAACAACCACCUAAACAAGAAGAAUCUCCUAAACCGGAGACGCCAAAACCAGAUGAGUCACCUAAGCCUGAAACACCAAAACAAGAACAACCACCAAAGACGGAGACACCGAAAAUAGAAUCACCGCCCGUUGAACCAGAGGAUCCUUAUGAUGCAUCUCCGGUUAAAAAACGUCGUCCUCAACCACCAAACAAAGGAAGAAGACUCAUCACCGGUUCAAGCUCGGACCCCGGACUCUGA